CGAUUUGCAAACAAAUCAAAGAGAGGGCCAUAUGGUGACCAAGUGCUUGAGAUGUCAUAUGCUGUGGAAGAAGUUCUUAAGACUGUAAAAGAGCUGGAUUUGGAUGAACACACUCUCAGUCUUUUCAUCGGUGAUCAUGGGCCACAUAUUGAUAUUUGCAAUGAAGGAGGUUCAUCUGGAAUUUUCAAAGGUGGGAAAGGUACUUUCUACGAAGGUGGUAUUCGAGUACCAGCAAUAGCCAGGUGGCCUGGCACUAUACCACGUGGUGGAGUAUCCUCAAAGCUUAUAUCCUCAUUGGACAUCUUUCCUACACUACUAGAUAUUGCUGGUGGGACGUUAAAUAAAAGUGUAAUAUAUGAUGGCACAAAUGUCAAAGACAGCUUACUUGGUUCAAAUGAUAACGAGGGCACCAAUGACAUCCCAGAACCUGAGGAAGACUAUAAACAUCAUGAUAUACUAUUCUUCUACUGCGAUGAUACACUCUUUGCCGUGAGAUAUAAACAAUUUAAAGUUCAUUUCUACACGAAUGUAAUCCCAGGUCCUAAUCAUGCUGCUGAAAAUUGCUCUAAUGAGGGUUUACCGAAUGAUAACAUUUUCUUGGUAGAGACAUGCUCAGAAGGGAAGAAACGAGAUCAUCCCUUGAUCUAUAAUGUUGAGCGUGACCCCGGUGAAGUGUACCCAUUAGAUCCAAAUAAAUACGAAGCAAUGCUUGCGCAAGUACAAGAAGAAAUAAAGA